GACAUCUUGAAGUGCUACAGUAAUGUGCCCUUUGCAAACUGGGGCCAGACGGUCAAGAACAAGCCCAAGUUCACUUUCCUUCCCUCAACAGUGCGAGGCGUGCAGAACAUCGUUCUUUAUGCCAUUGAGAAAGGUUAUCGCGUGCGAUGUGCUGGAUAUCGGCACAGCUGGAGCUCGAUCUUUUCCGAGGAUAACCAAGUAUUCAUCUCGUUUGUGAAUCUGCAUACGGUCAACACGCUUCCUGAUCCCAUGUCGGUCGUCCCGACAGAGGAGAGUCAAGCUCUGCCAGAACUGAAGACGAUAGAACUGAGGGAGGAGACUGUCCCAGGCAAGAAGCGACUCUGUCGAGUUGGCGUUGCUGUUACUAAUGAAGAAUUUCGGCGUUGGAGCGUUGCAGGCAAGGCUUGGUCGUUUCCGGCAGAUGUCAUUCUCGUCGAGGUCACAAUCGGUGGCGUUAAUGGCCCUAUCUGCCACGGUGCCGGAUUGUCUCACAAAACGUUGUCAGAUUAUGUCCGACGAAUUGAAUACAUCGAUUGCAACGGGAAGUUCCAAAUGGUGGACGAUCCAAAAAUGCUCACGGCUGCGGCUGGAGCAUUUGGGCUCCUUGGCGUUGUAACGCACAUCACGUUCGAACUUGACGCGAUGACAUACGCAAUCAUGAAACCGCUGAAGGAGGACGUUGGGCUCGGUGUACCACCGCUGGAGAAGAGCGACAUUCCUGUCGCUCUCCGCAGUGAUUGGUAUGAUGCGCCGGAUGCCGCUGAGCGUAUUUCGACUGCGACUGCGGAGUUCAAGCGACGUGCUGCAGACGACUAUUACAGCGAAUGGUUCUGGUUCCCAUAUCAGCGCAAAGUGUGGACGAACACGUUCAACACAACGAGCGACUCAGCCGGGGUACUGGACUAUCCUGACGACGCCAACGUAUUUCUGCAGUGGGUACAAGGCUGGCUUGGAGGCGUCAUCACCGGCGUUCCCUUCUUCAAUGCCAUUCCGGGAUACUGGCAAGCCCAGCUCCUCGCGUCGCUGGCCAUGGCCGCUCUACCACCAACGGUAGGAGAGAGUAAGACUCCAACAUUCAAGACACUCCUACCGAAUGGGCUUCAUUUCCGCCGCGGCGUCCAGAAUAUGCGUGUCCGCGAUCUUGAGCUGCAGAUUCCCUUGCCGCCUCGUAAGGACGACGCAUCCAAGCCAGACUUCGGCAUCGUCCAACGUGCCUGGUGGGACGUUAUCAAACUUGUUUACGAAGGCACGGAAGCCGGCAAGGACCCUUCCUCUGCGAUGCGAGUGGCGCUGGAGAUGCGCAUCAUGGGUGGCAGCGACAUAAUCAUGGCGCCUCAAUAUGGAAACGAUCUCGGCACACUGUCGAUCGAAGUGCUCACUCUCCCCGAUGCAGUAUCGGAUCAGGAGUGGCAAGGUUUCACGCAGAGAGUCGUUGAUCUUUGGACGAGUUACGGCGGAAAUGUGCGGCCGCACUGGGCGAAAGAGUGGGAGCAAUGCUCGUGGAAGGGCAUGGAGGCCAGGAAGUACAUGAAGGAGGUGGCGUUCAAGGAUCAGAUUCCGGACUUCCGUGCUACGCUAGCCGAUAUUGGGCAGAAGCAGGGAUGGACGUUGGAGCAAUUAAAGGGCAGGUACUCGAAUGAGAUGUGGGAUAAGAUUGUAUUCGAGUAG